CGUAACCAGGCUAUUCAGAGGUAACCAGGAGAAAAGCUGCUGUUUGUGUUUGGCGGUUGAUGCUAAUGCUAACCGGCUAACAGCGCCACACCGUUAACUUCAGGAUUAAAACUUCACUCAUUUAACUUCGUUAACUAAAGACUGGAGAGCGGUUCGGUCUUUAGUCUGAGGGGCGAGUUCGGCUCGGCAGGUUUUCUGUCCAGGACCUGAGUUUGGAACCACUGGACUCUCCAACAGAGCGAUGGCUUUGCCGACUCUCUCGGCUCACUGGCCGAGCCGGAUGCGGGCUUUGGAGCAUCAGAUGGUGCGUCAGCGAGAGCAGGAGGCGCGCUGGAGGCAGCAGUGGGAGCUCAACUCGCAGUAUUUUAAAGAGCAGAGCGUCCGCAGCAGCAAACAGGCGCACUGGAGCUCCAGAGAGUCGUACCAGCGGAGCAUGUCUGCGUUCCACCACGAGCAGAUGAAGGAGAAGAAGAAGCGGAGUCUGGAGGAGCGAAGGGAGCGGCUGAGGAAGAUGCUGCAGGAGGAGAGGGACCAGCUGGAGGCUGAGCUGAGGGCCAGCGUGCCGGACAGGAGAGCCACGUCCAGGCAGCAGCUGGAGAGGACGGAGGAGCUGCGAUCGGCCCGAGAGGAGCGCAGGAAGAAGGUUGCACAGGAGCUCCUGAAGGAGCACUGGAAGAAGAACAAACCAGAUCUGCGUAAGGUGGAGUCGGAGCUGCAUAAGGAUCACGUGGUGAGCCAGUGGCAGGUGCAGCAGCAGCAGAAAAGACAGGUGGAAGAGCAGGACGCUGAGGAGCAGCAGCGUUUUGAGAACGAGUAUGAGAGGAGCAGACGGGAGGCGCUGGAGAGGAUGAGGGAGGCGGAGGAGAGGAGGAAAGAGGAGGAGAGGGAGAGGGCGGAGCAGCUCCGGAGACAGAUGGAGGAGUUACGGCUGAGGGAGGAGGAGAGUCGGCGGCUGCAGAAAGAGGAGGAGGCUCUGCUGUCUCAGCGCUGGGAGGUGGAGCGGCUGGAGGAUGAGAGGAAGAGGGCGGAGGAGAGCCGGAAAAAGGCAGAAUUCGGGCACUUCCUGAGCCGUCAGUACCGGGCGCAGCUGAAGAGGCGAGCGCAGGAGGUCCAGGAGGAGCUGGAGGCAGACCGGAGGAUCCUGGAGGCUCUGCUGGAGGGGGAGGAUGAGGAGCAGAGGCUGGCGAGCGCACGGAGGGAGAGAGCCGUGGCCGACGCUGCCUGGAUGAAGAAAGUUCUGGAAGAGCAACUGCAGCUGGAGAGGGAGAGAGAGGCUGAGUUCGACCUGCUGCACCGAGAGGAGGCCCAGAGAGUGUGGGAUAAGAGAGAAGCAGAGUGGGAGAAGGAGAGGAGAGCCAGAGAGAGACUCAUGCAGGAGGUGUUGUGGGUGCGUCAGCAGCAGCUGGACGAGCAAAUGCAGGAGAAGCGGAGGGAGCUGGAGGAGUCUGAGCAGAGGAAGGCGGCGCUCCAGAGGAUGCUGGAGGAGCAGGAGGAGGAGCAGAGGCAGGAGAGAGAGGAGCAGGAGCAGCUCCGCACAGCGCGCAUGCAGGACAUCAACACACAGGUGGAGAGGAGGCGCAGGGAGCAGUGGCAGGAGCAACAGAAGCUGGAGCGUGAGGAGGCGGAGCGAAGGGAGGAGCUUAGGCGUCAGGAGGAGGAGCUUCGUCUGGAGACUCGGAGAAUGACGGAGCGGGGCUACGAGGAAAGGAUACGCAGUAGACCCCGUUCAGCCUGGACAUGACGACGACACUCGGACGUCUCUCGGAUCUCCACACUACAGUCUUUUAACCCCUGAGCGUCCCAGAACUGAGUACCCGUAGACUUCAUGGGUUACCGUUUUCACAGCUUUAACUGCAGACUGAGGUCAGACAGGGGUUUUUAAUAGAGGAUGAGUUGAGUCAUUUCAGUGCUGGCAAGUGUCAGGACUAGAACUGGGACACAAGUUUAAUAAUUAUUGCGUUUAGAGGAUCUACACCACGGCCUGUUAGUCAUAAUGUAUCUCAGAGUAGGAGUGACGAUCUACAAUCAGUUUUCUAUAUAUACAUCUGGCCUGGAACAAAACCUGCUUUACAGUCAUAAGCAGAAGUGUGGUCGAAUUACAUGCUUUACUGAUUUUGUCAAACUCAUUCAGAGUGUUUUGGUGUGAAACGCUCUGUUCUAGAGAAACUUACCGAGUCAGAAUUGUUCACAGUGGUGGUGAUAGGAACCAGACGUCCACCUCUAAAAGCUCCCUCACAGAAAGUUUGUUGUUUGAUGUCGGUUUUACAUGAGUUUUGAAAAGAUUUUGGCCUGAUAAGUUUGUUUUUAAAAAACACAUGGAGGGACACAUGCAGGAUAUUGUGAGGCAGAAUAGCCGCCAAAGAAAACUUAAUUUUAAAGAUUUUUCACCCUUAUUUUAUCUUCAUCAACAUCACAUAUAAAACUCAGAAGACGUGUGUAGGUUCACUGGUGGU